AUUCCUUUUCCAGAGCACCAGAAAUCACAAUAUUUAGGAAAUAAAGAGAGAAUAUGGCUUCAUCAGGUAGGGACUGUUGCACCCUUUGUUAUGAUGAUGAUGGAUCAUCUAGAGAAGCUGCCACAUGGUGCACAGAAUGUGAGGUGCUCCUAUGUACAGACUGUGAAAAACAUCACACAAAAUCAAAAGCAUCUAAAGACCAUAAAACUAUGUCAACUAAAGACUACCAUAACUUACCAAAAUACAUGCUAGAAAUAAGUAGCCAGUGCCAAGACCAUAAGAAAAAGUUUGAACUUUAUUGUUCGUUCCAUUCCUGUCCCUGCUGUGUCCAGUGCAUCACUGAUAAACACAAAAAAUGUCAAGACCUGAAACCCCUGUCAGAUAUUCUGAAACAAGUAAAAUCAUCUGCCUCAGUUCAACUUUUUGAAAAAGAUUUGAAGAAUGUAAAGGAAAACUUAGAGGAAAUUAUAAAAUAUUUGAACAGCCGGAUGAACACAAAUAAUAGUCAGAAAACAAAGGCUGCAGAACAAAUUCGAUCUAUGAGGAAGUCGAUAGAUGAUUUUUUAAACAAAUUAGAACAAAAAAUUCUUGAUGACUUAGAAUCAGAGCAUACACAGCUAAAAUCUAAGAUGAACACUUUACUACAGCAACUGAAAACACAAGCCAAUCAGAUAAGCCAAUUGCAAAAUGAGUUUUCUAAAAUGAGACAAUAUGCAACUGAGCUACAAACGUAUGUUAGUCUGAGAGAUAUUGAGAAAACUACAUCACAAGCGGAAAAAUACAUAGAUGAAUUAAAAAGUGGAGACAAUUUGGAGGAAAAGAACUUAGCGGUAAUCAUUUCAUCUACCCUGCAAUCAAUUUUACAAGAUGUCAAAUCGUUUGGCAAUAUAAAUAUCAAUACCAGCCAAUCAACACUACAAAUUAAGCCUGGAAGAAAAGAUCAAGCACAGAACUUAGUUCCAGCUAUUCCUAGAAUUGAGGUAAUUAAACCAACAAUGUUGAGAACUCUGACAAUGCAAGAAGAUAUGCAAUAUGAAAUAAAUGCACCUAUCUGUAGGAUAUUACCUGAUGGUAAAUGUCUAAUUCUUAAUAGACAUACUUAUGGUAGAAGUCAUGCCCUCCUGCUAAUUGGCAAUGAUGGAAUCUUUGAAAAAAAAGUAACAACAUUCAGAGAAUAUCCUUGUGAUGCCUGCUAUGUCACAAAUAAUACAGUGGCUGUCGGAUUAGGAAUAAGCAAGAAGACAGUGCUGGUGGAUGUAGAAAAGAAUAAAAUUAUUCAAACAAUUCAACUUUCUCAUCAAUGUCAUAAAGUAGCAAGUGAUGGUAAACUAUUGGUCAUCAACGGUAUACAGACAAGAACUAUUGUUAAUCUGAAUGAUAUGUCUCAAACAAUCUUAGAAGGAGAAGAAGCAACACAAAUAUCAUUAUUUGAAGAUUAUAUCUAUGGUACCAUUUUCUCUGAAAACAAAGUCUGCUGCUACAAAAUAACUGGAGAACUUCUCUGGACAUUUCAGCAUCAUGACAUUAACUGCCCAGAAGGAAUUGCAUUAGACAAGAAUGGAUUUGUUUAUAUAGCUUCUAAAGGAAACAACAGUAUUGUGGUAAUAUCACAAGAUGGUAAAAUCUGUAAGACAAUACUAUCAGAGACUGACGGCAUCAAUUAUCCUGUAUAUAUAGAUAUUCACAGAGAAACAGGAAUGAUGAUAGUGUCAAGUGAAGUAAAGCAAACAAGUGCUAAGAAGAAUAGUGGUGAUCAUUACUUCACAGCAAUUAUUUAUAAAAUCUGA